CUUCGAUUCUGAAUGCUUCAGUGAACCAGCCAAAACACCCUUCAUCAUUUAGAAAUAUUAAACACUGGUUUCUCCGCCUUCUUAAAUAGUUUUCCUAAAAUAUUAGCUUUUAAACGCAUAUAUUUUUUAUCUCCAUUGCGGGCUUUUGGGUAAUUAACAAAAAAAAAGAAAAUUUGGUAGUUUUCAUAGGGACCAACUCGUCUGCAGACUUGCAAUUCCCGUAAAAGACUUCUUUGAACGGGUUCUUGUUUCCAGUGAGUCUUUUUUCUCAGAAGACAAACACAGUUGUUUUAUCUUUAGCAAUUCCUUAAAACAAAAAUGGCUACAACUGUACAAAAUGACAAAAAGAUCAUGAACGCAAAUCACCCUGGCCCUGGGAAGAGUAUUUUAGCUGGCGGUAUUGCUGGUGCAGUUGAAAUUUCCAUUACUUACCCAGCUGAAUUUGCCAAAACUCGCCUUCAGUUGUAUCGCAAUGUCGAGGGUGUAAAAGGAAAGCUUCCUCGUUUUGGUUUAGAAUGGUACAAAGGUUGCUCAACAGUCAUCAUCGGAAACUCCUUAAAAGCGGCUGUACGGUUUUUUGCUUUCGACAGUAUCAAAAAGACACUUGCCGAUGAAAAUGGUCAUCUAAGCGGGCCUCGAACAGUACUUGCUGGCUUGGGGGCCGGCGUUGCAGAAUCUAUACUUGUUUUGACUCCCUUUGAAAGUAUCAAAACUGCUAUCAUUGAUGAAGGGAAGAAGCCCAAUCCUCGUUUUAGUGGAUUCCUUCAGGCUUCCAAAUCUAUCCUCAUAGAGGGAGGUAUUUCAGCUUUGUAUCGUGGUUUGGCUCCCACAGUAGCUCGUCAAGCUACCAACUCUGGUGUACGCUUCACAGCUUAUAACAGCAUCAAACAAUCACUUCAAAGCCGACUUCCUCCUGAUGAGUCUCUUGGUACUGUAUCCACCUUCCUCAUAGGUUCUAUAGCUGGUAUUAUUACAGUUUAUUGCACGCAACCUAUUGAUACGAUCAAGAGUCGCAUGCAAUCUUUAACCGCUAAGCAAGAAUACAAGAAUAGCUUCCACUGUGCAUAUAAGGUCUUCACACAGGAUGGCGUCUUGCGAUUUUGGUCCGGUGCAACCCCUCGUCUAGCUCGAUUAAUUCUUAGCGGCGGUAUCGUCUUUACUGUAUACGAAAAAGUCAUGGGUGUUCUGCAACUCUUUUAAUUUAUUUACUCUUUGUUCUCUCAUUAUGUUCACUGUAUUACCCGUUGUCUAAUUUAAAUCAAUCUAUUUAACUAACUUCAUAUAAAGAAAAGAAUCCAUUACUUUUCAAUAAACUAAUAUUUACUGCUUUCCAA